AUGAACGGGGGCGGUGAUACGGACUGUAGUGAGUCGGAGGCAACUUCUGGGAAUUCAAAAGCUGUGUCGCUGAGUGAGAGUGCGCUGGUGGUUUCGACUGUGCUGAAGAGCCUGUUGAAGCCGAUACCUGUUGCACAGCGGCUGAAGAUGCUGUCUACUAUGUGCCGUCGGUGGAAUGUGGGCGUGCUAUGUGCGAGCGAUGGUGUGUCUGUGGAGGAUCAUGCUACGCUGGUGGUUGAGCGUCUGUCGGUGAAGUUGGGCCAGGUGCUGGGACAUGAGGCGUUUGCCGCAAUGAAGUGCCCUCCUGUUGUGAACAUUGUCUCUGACCGCUGCUCGACAAUGUGGGACAGUUCGCUGUCGUUGGAGGGCCGUCGGGUGGUAGUGUCGUUGAGUUCCUCCGGCUUGGCGGAGGCCCGCAGGGACGGCGUGGGCUCAUCGACGUCCACGUCGUUAGCUUCUUCACGGGCUGUGGAGAUUCGCUUUCCGUUCAUCAUGGAACGUUGA